AUGUCGAGGUUCUUCUGGGAAAACCCACCUCCAUCCCAGCCGGGCUGCAUGCCUGUAUUUGUGGUAUUUAUGGGGCUUAUGAUGGUGUCCAUGGUUGUGGUAUUUAUGGGGCUUAUGAUGGUGUCCAUGGUGGUUGUUUCUUGUGCUUCUGGGAGUGGUAAAAAGAAGAAGAAGCGUCUGAACAGGAAAAGUGAUGCCUAUUUUGCAGGUCGAAGUGCGGUGGGAGCUGGUGGUGGCUGUGGAGGGGGCGGUGGCGGUGGCGGCUGUGGAGGAGGAGUGGGUGGCAGCGGCGGUGGCUGUGAAGGGGGCGGGGGCAGUGGCGGCUGUGGCAGCUGUGGAGGAGGAGUGGCUGGCAGCGGCGGUGGCUGUGGAGGGGGAGGGGGAGGUGGAGGUUGUGGUGGUGGCGGAUGA